AUGUCGUCUGGCAGUAGGAAGCGUAAGUCGCCUGGCUCAAUUGAUGAAGGCAUAAAGGACCAGCAAUUCCGCACUUCCCAACAACCAGGCCCUUUAGGCCUUCUACAAAUAUUCCAGAAAGAUAUAGAUGACAUUCGGGCUCUGAUUUCCUGCGGAGUGUGCGUUAGGCCGCUCUAUGAACCGUUUACUUUGGGCUGUGGACACACUUUCUGCUACGGUUGCCUUACCCAGUGGUUCGACAGUCACGAGCGAAGAAAGACAUGUCCCGAUUGCCGAUCUCCUGUUCUAUCGGAGCCCGCCCCGGCCUAUAUGAUCCGGAAUAUUGUGCAAAUAUUCAUCACUAGAUCAGAAUUACUAGACAAAGAUGAGACAACUGCCGAGCAUCUAGAACACAAGCGAUCGGAGACGGAAAAAAUUGAGCUGGAUAAGAAAAACGAAGAUGAAAGGUGUGGCGGUUUAUUCCACGGAUACUUCAAAAAUACGACAUUUACCGGACUACCGAUUCGCGAUCUCACCGAUGGUGUUGAACGGUGCCCCCGAUGUGCCUGGGAGCUAGAUGAUGGAGAAUGUGUACAAUGCGGCUAUACUAUUGAUGAUUCUAGCGUGGACGACUACCACGGUUACGACCUGUUUGACGAAGCAUUUGCACAUCUAGACGCUAUGCGCCACAAUAGAGAAUUUAUAGGUAUAUCGGACGAUGAAGACUACGAUUCAGGCCACCCUCGCAGCGAACAUUCCCCCGAACCUUCACGGUCCAACUCCAUAGGCGAAGGAAGUUCUGACGAGUGGGAGUCAGAUGACAUGGGCUCCUUUAUUGUCGAAGAUGAAGAGGUUUCAGAGGAUUCGGACACUCCUACAACAUCGACGGUUGUUGGCAACCGUGAUCGUACAGCUGACGGUCCUGUUCAGCCUCCUACUGAAGGCGAAACGGAACCUAGUGAAAUUAGUGAUAGUGUAUCAGAAGGCGUCAGCGAACAAAGCUUCCCAGGCUUAUUUCGAAAUCCCACAAUUAUUGAGCUCGAUGACGACGACGAUGAUGACGAGCCUAUCAGACCCCAAACCAUGGCCUCUCGAAGGAGACUUCAGCGUAUAGAUUCCAGCUCUCCUGCUUCGCGAGUGAACGUGUCUCUGUCGGUAAGGAGGGGUAGCUCUGAAACGGAUGACAGCUCUUCGGACGGAAUGCACAAUUUACUACAGGAAGAACAAAGCCAAUCGACAUCCCCUCGUGGGUCCCCAUACUCAUAUAGAAUCCAGACUUCCGAGUCAGAUGAAGAAUCUUCUUCUUGA